AUUUGUUUCGAAUUAACUGUAAAGAAAUGUUAUAUGAAAAGAGUUCGUUUGUCGAUUAGUGUCGUUUUUUAUCUUAGAAAUAUAAAGAAAAAUUGUCUAAUUGUGUUGUUGUUUAAAUAUGUCCGCCAAAAACGCCAUUCAGGUGUGCAUCAAGGUGCGUCCAUGCGAGCAGGACAAGACCACAUUGUGGCAAGUGAAGGACAAUCGCGCUAUUCAGAUCAUCGAUGGCCAGUCCGAGCCCUGCGUCUUUGACUAUGUCUUCGAUCAGGAUACGAACAAUCAAAUAGUAUUCGAUUGCAUGGCCAAGCACAUUAUUGAAGCCUGCAUGAAAGGCUUCAAUGGCACGAUCUUUGCCUACGGUCAAACUUCGUCGGGCAAGACGUACACCAUGAUGGGCGAUGAGCAAAAUCCAGGUGUAAUGGUUCUGGCUGCGAAGGAGAUCUUUAAACAGAUUGCUCGCCACAGCGAUCGCGACUUUUUGCUGCGGGUCGGUUACAUUGAGAUUUACAACGAGAAGAUCUACGAUUUGCUUAAUAAGAAGAAUCAGGAUCUCAAGAUUCAUGAGAGCAACGGCAUGGUGCAUGUCAAUUGUGAAGAGUGCAUCAUUACCAGCGAGGAGGACCUGCUGCAGUUCCUGUGCAUGGGCAACAAGGAGCGCACUGUGGGUGAAACCAAUAUGAAUGAACGCUCCAGUCGUUCACAUGCCAUAUUUCGCAUCAUCAUUGAAUCUCGUAAAACUGAUCGGAAUGAUGACGAUGCUGUUAUUCAAAGCCUGCUGAACCUGGUGGAUUUGGCGGGCUCCGAGCGCGCCGAUCAAACGGGCGCGCGUGGCGCUCGCCUGAAGGAGGGCGGACACAUCAAUAAGAGUCUUCAUUUCCUGAGCAAUGUGAUCAAGAGUCUGGCUGAGAACGAGGAGAACAAAUAUGUUAGCUUUCGGGACUCGAAGCUGACGCGCAUAUUGCAAGCCUCGCUGGGUGGGAAUGCAUUUACGUCCAUAAUCUGCAGCAUCAAGCCCUCAAUUUUGGAGGAAUCUCAGUCGACACUGAAUUUUGCGAUGCGCGCAAAGAAAAUCCGUUCCAAACCACAAAUGAAUGAAAUCGUAUCCGAUGCGACCAUGAUGAAGCGCCUAGAGCGUGAGAUUAAGGAGCUCAAGGAUCGUUUGGCUGAGGAGCAGCGCAGAAAUGAGAGCCAGAUCAAGGUGCGUCUCUUGGAGCAAAGAAUCAAGACGGAUACGUUGAAAAUAAUAAGCAGCAAUACAAUCGCUGAUAACCGCAAUAAGAAUCGUCGACGCACAUGGUGUCCAGCUACAUCGAAUCCACACCCUGUGACAGCCAAUGGCGACGAGGCCGCGGCGCCCAGUGCAGCUGCUGCGUUUGCUUUCAAUGGACAGCACAAAUUUUCGGGCUUACCGAAGCCCACUUUCAAUCCAUCAACUCCGUAUUUGAGCCACCGGCCCGGCCUAAAUGCGCCAAAAACAAUAAACAUUAUGAAGUCUCUGGAACUAACCGAGGAGGAAGAAUUUAAACCCUCUGCUGAGUUUAACUUUGGAGAUGUCCCGGACCCGAUGACCAAUAGUCGCAUCCUUCCUCCUCUCAGCCUAACUCCUCGCAUAUCGCAAGGAGAUGAACGCAGUAAGCAAAUGAUCGAGCGUGAUCUUGUGGAGUUAUCAACGUUCGUGAAGCUAGAGCAGAACAUUGGUAACGAGUGGGAUGACCUAAAUAACAAAUAUGCUGUUGCUACAGCUCAAGUCGAUGAGCUGCAGUCUGAGAGAAUCAAUCUAAUAGAGCGCUGUGAAGCCCUUCAGGCCGAGGUAGAUGCUCUGACUAAGUCGAAGCAAGCAGCUGAUACAAAACUCGAGCAGUACGAGGAGCAGUUGAACACGUUGAAGCAAACUGUCGAAAGGCUGGAGAUGGAAAACCGUGCUGCAAUCGAUUUGGAGUUUCAGUUCGAGAAUCAUAAAUCGAAGUCGAAGUUGCGGGAAAAUGAACUGCUGUCGGUGCUGUCUGAGAAGACUGACACCAUAGACAAUCUGGAGAAGACACUCAAGGAAUUGUCUAAGGAUGUGCUACGCAACAGUAAGGAGGAUCAUAUGCGUUCCAUGUGUCCGGAGAUUGAAGUCAGCUGUGAGCGCAUCUGUGACAAGUGUGUGGAUUUGGAGCGCAUGCUGGAGGAGUUCAAAAAGACAACAUCCAACGGUGAUGCCGCCCAGGUCAUUGAUUCUGAACGUGAGCAGCUGCGUGCGGAGAUCGCCAACACGCGAGCUCAGCUGGAAAGUGUGCAGAGCGCCUACAGACAGAUGGAAACAGAUGUGGCUGAAAAGUCGGAGCUAUGUGACCGUCUAAGCCGCGACGUCAUCUCCGCCGAGGAAGCCAAGACUGUGCUCCAGGAGAAAUGCGACGACUUGGAGAUUGCACAGCAACAGCACGAUGAGGUCAUACGAAGAAUGCAGGCCGAGUACGAAGCCAUUCAGGCAAAGUACCAAAAGCUACAGCAGGAUUAUGAACUGCUCGAGAAAACCACUGCCGCUUCAGAGGAGGAACAUCAAAAGCUGUUGCUUCAAAAUGAAAGUUUGCAGCAGGAGAUUAGCACGUUGAAGGAAUCAUUCGAGCAGGUGCAACAGACGCUGCUGCAGAGCACAAAUGAAGAAGAUAAGUCGGUACUUCUGGAUCAGCUGAAGGCCCACAAUGAUGAACUCGUCGCGAACCUAGCUCAAUUGGAGGCCAAGUAUAAUGAAAUGCAACACGAAUACGAAGACCUUUCGAAUCAGCUAGUUGACAGCAUGCAGGAUGGGGACAGCCUCCGCGAGCAGUGCAACGCGCUACAGGGGGAGCUGCAACAGCAUCAAACAGCAACAGCAAAAAUGAGUGAUGAAAAGGACCAAAGGAUCGAGCAGCUGCUCUCACAUAUCCGUGAGCUGGAGAGUGAAGUUGCUGAGAAGAAUAGUCUUAUAGAUGCAACGGAAGGCACGAUUAAUGAGAUGCGUGAGCAGAUGACUAAUCUGGAGUCGGCCCUGCUGGAGAAGUCGGUGAUAGUCAACAAAGUCGAAGACUAUCAACGGCAAAUCGAAUCGCUCGAGAAGCAGCAUGCUGAAAUGACAAUGGUCUGCGAGGAGCUGCAGGAGAAAGUCAAAGAGAACACUAUUAACGAGAGCGAGAGCCAGAUCAUGUCGAACAGCGCACAGACUCUGAUGAGUGAAGAGGACGGUAUUUCGAGGCAAAGCAACGAGGAUGUUGCAGCCAAAUUGUCUGAUUUGAAUGCUGAGGUUAAUCGCCUGCAAUCGCAAAUCCAGUUGAAAGAUGAGCUGAUUGAAAAGAUUCAGUCUGAGCUACACGUGCUAAACGACCGAUUUAUAUCCAUGGACGUUUUGCACGCGGAAUUACAAGCCAAUGCCCAGACGAAUCAGGGGCUACUCGAGCAGCAGGCUGCCAAAUUGACGGAAGAUGCAAAUCGCAUCGAUAAACUUCAGGAGUCCAAUGCACAGCUGCUCGAGCGUUGCUUGAAGGCUGAAGAAGCUGCCGAAGCAUUAAAUCAGCGUCUUGCACAGCCGUCAGAACUGGAGCGCUUAAAGCAGGAACACGAGAAACGCGUCACCGAGCUGCAAAUCGAACUGGAUAAUGCCAAAAGGGAGCUGAAUUCGAUGGAGAAACAGAAUAAGGAUCAUCUGAAUAACAUUCAGCUCGAGUACUUACAGAAAAUUGAGCUCAGCGAGUGUGAGUAUCGUGAAAAUCUGCGCAAGUACAAUAUUGAAUGGGAAGAGAGCAAAGACCGCUACGAAGCGUUGUUGCAGGAAUUGCAAAUUCAAUUAGCAUCGACUGAAGAGCGUUGUGCCAAACUGAGCGCCGAUAGCGAAGCUGAGAUUAUGUCCGUCAAGAAUGCCAAUAGCGUGGCUGUCGAUCAAUUGGUCAAAGAGAAGCAAGAUCUGGAGUCAAUGUAUGAUGCAAGCCAGAAGCUUGUGCAACAGAUGACAGCUCAAUUAAGCAGCAAGGAACAGGACGCACAGAGAGAGCAGGCAUUGGUCACAUCUUCUAAUGAUAAGCUGCGUGAGAAGUACGAAUCGCAAAUUCGUGAGUACGAGCGGCUGAAAACCGAGCAUGAGCUUACUUUGGAGAAGCUGAAGAUAGAGAAAGGCACAUUGCAGUCGUCUGUUGCUGAAAGCGAGCUAAAGAUCGAGCAUUUGAGCAAUGAACUGCUCAAGGAGCAGAAUGAACGGGAACAGCAGAAGAGCAUGGCGCAACAGUUGCAGGAUGAGCUGAAUGCGUAUGACGAUGAAGAGGCUGACUAUGAAGAAAAAAUUGAAAUUUUAAAUGCCAAGAUUGAAGUCCUGUCAAAUGAGCUGCGGCAGGCAAAUCGAAAGGCUUCUGAUUUGGAGGGACUUCUGCAGGACCAUGAAGAAAUCCAAACUUCUCUUUGUGCGAAAAACGAUCUCAAUAUACAGCUCGCUCAUAAAGUGGAGAAUCUUGAAAGAGAAUUGUCUUCGGCUAACAAUGAGCUAUCAACGCGAAAGGCUGAAGUUGAAAAGCUGAACUUGGAUCUGCAACAGGGAUGUGCCCAGCAGUCCAAGUUAAUGAACAAACUACAAAAGCUGGAAGCGGAAAUUGCACAGCAGGCUAAACAAUUCGAACGCAAAUUGUUGGACCUGGAAAGCGCAAAGGGAGAGCUACAAUUGAAACUUGAUGCACUGGAUCUUCUGAAACGGGAACAAGAGCAGGCAGCUCGACUUCAAGUAGACAAAGAAAAAGUCGAAGAAAUCAAAAAUCGAAUUGAAAAAGACAAAAUCAGGCUCGAAGAGGUCAAUGCUAGACUCGUUGAGGAAAAAUCACGACUGGAGAUAGAAAUCAAUCAACUUCUGGUGCAUAAAGAACGACUAGAAGAGGCUAAUGCAGAGCAGCAGUCGAGAUUACUAGAUAAGGAGGCGAACUGCGAUGCUUUGCAGCAGCAAUUGAGACAUCAGGAGCGCCGUUUCCAUGAAAAUAAAGCUGAACUCCAGAACAAGCUAAACGCCAUGGAAGCAAGCUGCGAUGCCAUGAAAGCAGCUUCCGAGCAACAGAAGAUAGCUUUCGUACAACUGGAGGAGCGGCUGGCAGCGAAUCUUGCAGGAGACAAUAAGAAUGUCGAUGAAUUGCGAUUGAAAAAUGAAAACUUACAAAAAGAUAUUGAUAAUCUUCGCUCUUCCCAGAUAGCGAACAGGAGCAUCUUUGAAGAAGAACGUAAACGCCUGGAUUAUACAAUUUCUAGUCUUUUGGAGGAUAAGCGCAGCUUGGAGGAGAAGCUUUGCACAACCACGGAGAUACUGAAGAAGCUGGAGGCAGAGUUACGAAUCAAAUCUAAUGGCAGCAAUACCUCAUUCGACUCAAGCGCAUCGAGUACAUCGCCUGGUGCUAGAAGAAGUGUGGAUCGUGAUUUAAACCAGCCCAGGAAAUCUGUGAGUAUUGAUUCUGAGGUACGCAGAAAUCGGCGAAUUAGCACACAUGAUGAACGAAGGCGUCAAUCCUACUGGAAUGAUUGCCGUCAUGUGGGGUGCAUGACGGAUGCCGUGGAUAAUAAUUGCAACUGUGCAGAGCUUGACCGAAAGCUGCAGGAUUGCCAGCGCGAGCUGUUCAUAAAGGAAAGCAUGGUGACUGCUUUAAAAAUAGAGUUGAAGAACCAUCCAUUAAAGGAGGAGACAGCUCUAUUAAAGAAACGUCUCCUUGAUGAACAAGCCAAAGCGCGUGAUGAAAUCAAGCGUAUGAAACAAAAGAACGCGGAACUUAUGAGUAAAAUAAACGUAUACACUGCUUCUGCAGCCAUCACGGCCAGUAACCGAACUCCCGUUGAGGGAAAAACGGUUGAGACCCAAACAGAAUCCAGUUUAGAAGCGGAGCUAAAAAAGAUGACUGAUAAGCUCCAUGAUAGCAUACAACUGUGUCGUCAUCGAUAUAAUAAAAUAAAAGACUUGGAAAGUCAGUUAAGACAAAAUGAAAAUAACGAUACCUCCAAUAUAUCGUCUCUAACAGCUGGUCAAAUCAGCGCUCUUAAGUCCAAAUUGGAGGCGCAAAGGAGAGAAAUAUCCACGAUUACCAACAAAUAUGAAUACGCCAAAAGGGCACUUAAAAUGCGACGCGAUGAGCUGGAUGAACUGCGGCAAGUCGCUGGCAUCGAUGCUGUAGAAUCAACAAAAUAAAUUGUUUGUUUGUUUUUUUU